AAAUGUCAAUAGAGAAAACGUGAUCCCGGAACCGCGAAAUCGAAAGUACUUUGUUAUACAUAAACAUUAGCUAAUUUAUACAAACAUAUUAGCUAAUUAAAUUAACUUCAUAAUUUUGAAAUAUGAGUACCAGUCUAUAAUGAAAAAUAAAAUGAACUAUUACAUUUAAGAGAAUUUUUAUAAUUACUGCAUCUUCUCUCAUCCAAUUCUAGUUUAACUCUAUUUCAACAUUGUAUCAAUGAGAAAAAUGACCAAUAUGAAAAAGUUCAUAGAUAUAGGAGCAAAUUUGACAGAUGAUAUGUACCAAGGUGUCUAUCAUGGUUCCAAAAAGCAUGAGCCAGAUCUCAACAAUAUCUUAGACAGAGCAUGGUCUGGUGGAAUGUGUAAAAUGAUUAUAACUGGGGGCAACUUGGCGGAUAGCAGAAAGGCUCUAGAACUUGCAAGGACUGAUUCUCGCUUAUUUUCCACUGUAGGAUGCCAUCCGACCAGAUGCAAUGAUUUUCUACCUGAUCCUGAGAAAUACCUCAAAGAUCUUAGUGAUUUAAUCACAGAGAAUAAGGACAAAGUUGUAGCAAUUGGUGAAUUUGGUUUGGAUUACGAUAGAUUGAACUUCUGUGAUAAGGAAACACAGUUGAAAUAUUUUGAACUACAAUUAAAACUAUGUAAUGAGCAUAAACUCCCGCUAUUUCUUCAUUGUCGCGCUGCUACUGACGAUCUGGUUGGUAUACUCGGCAAACAUAGAGAUAGCGUUGCUGGUGGAGUUGUUCAUUCAUUUGAUGGUUCAUAUGAUUGUCUUCAGAAGAUAUUGGAGCUAGGAAUGCAUAUUGGAAUUAAUGGCUGCUCCUUACGCACAGCCGAAAAUCUAGAAGUUGCAUCAAAAAUACCACAGGAUAAGUUGUUAAUAGAAACCGACUGUCCCUGGUGCGAAAUCAAGCAGACGCAUCCUUCAUUUAAACAUGUUACUACGAAGUUUGCAACUGUGAAAAAGGAAAAAUAUUCACCGGAAUCAGAUAAUCAAGUUAAAGGCAGGAAUGAGCCUGUUAAUAUAAUACAAGUGUUGGAAGUGUUGGCGGCGGUACGAGGGGAAGAUAUAGAUCAAUUGGCUCAGGCUAUUUUUGAAAAUACCGAAAGAUUAUUUUUUAGCAAUAAGUGAAGUUUGUUUUAUUUUAAUAAAAGUGAUUGUUUGUU